GCAGUGAGUGCCGCGAUGUCGCCGCCCGAGCCGCCCGCCGCGCCGGGCCCCGUGGUGACCACGAUCGAGCCGCUGCCGGCCGAGCGCGGCCUGUCCGCGUCCCCGCGCGCCGGGGUGCGCCAGCGGCUGCGCAGGGCACUCAGCAGGGAGAUGCUAAUCUCUGUGGCCCUGGGCCAGGUACUGUCCCUCCUUAUUUGCGGAAUUGGCUUAACCAGCAAGUACCUGUCAGAAGAUUUCCACGCCAACACACCGGUUUUCCAGAGCUUCCUCAAUUACAUCCUUCUCUUCUUGGUCUACACCACCACCCUCGCUGUCCGGCAAGGAGAAGAAAACCUGCUGGCCAUUCUGCGCCGCAGAUGGUGGAAGUACAUGAUCCUGGGCCUCAUCGACCUGGAGGCCAACUACCUGGUGGUGAAGGCGUACCAGUACACCACGCUGACCAGCAUCCAGCUCCUGGACUGCUUCGUGAUCCCGGUGGUGAUCCUGCUCUCCUGGUUCUUCCUGCUCGUCCGGUACAAGGCCGUGCACUUCCUGGGCAUUGUGGUCUGCAUCCUGGGCAUGGGCUGCAUGGUGGGCGCCGAUGUGCUGGUGGGCAGACAUCAGGGAGCAGGAGAAAACAAACUGGUGGGGGACCUGCUGGUGCUGGGAGGGGCUACGCUCUACGGCAUCUCCAACGUCUGGGAGGAGCACGUCGUCCGGACCCUCGGCCGAGUGGAGUUCCUGGGCAUGGUCGGGCUCUUCGGCGCCUUCUUCAGUGGCAUCCAGCUAGCCAUCAUGGAGCACAGGGAGCUGCUGAAGGUGCCCUGGGACUGGCAAAUAGGACUGCUCUACGUGAGCUUCAGCGCCUGCAUGUUCGGGCUCUACAGCUUUAUGCCUGUGGUCAUCAAGAGGACCAGUGCCACCGCCGUCAACCUCUCUCUGCUCACGGCGGACUUGUACAGCCUGUUCUGCGGGCUCUUUCUGUUCCACUACAAGUUUUCAGGACUCUAUCUGCUGUCCUUCUUCACCAUCCUCAUCGGGCUGGUGCUCUACUCCUCCACCUCCACCUACAUAGCCCAAGACCCUCGAGUGUACAAGCAGUUCCGCAACCCUGCGGGACCUGUCGUGGACUUGCCUGCCACAGCUCAGGUGGAGCCCUCAGUCACCUACACCAGCCUGGGCCAGGAGACCGAAGAGGAGCCCCAUGUGCGCGUGGCCUAGGCCAUGGCCCGUGGCCGCCGGCAUCUCCGUGUUGUACAUAGAGAAAGGUAUUUACCAGGUGCAGCUCACACAGGUGGCCUGCAAGGCAGCAACCCCGGGCAGCUUGGAAAGGCGCAUGCUGAGGACCGCUGGCUCCAGGCUCCGUGCGCCUGCCCCACACGGUGCUCAGCCAGGGUGCACCCUGUCGCCCUGCACCAGUUGCUGUACAGUGUUCCACCCCCGAUCAGUGUCCUGGCUGCCACGAUCUGUGUGGCUGCUGUUGUGCCGACUCUCAGGAGGGCCUUCUGCACUCCUGGUGGGAACCACUGCCAGACCCCCAUGUGGCCCACGUAGCCCCCCUUUUCUAUGGCGAGUCCCUUUGUAAGGAUCAUGCUUUCUUUCUGCACAGACACAGAGCGAUGCAGGGCACCUGCUCCCCGGAGAGUUCCCUUUCCUGGGCCCAAUGGCCCGUGGCGUCUCUGACCCUGCUGGAGCACCUGCUGGCUCAGUUAGUAUUUUGUGCUGUGACCCUUGUGGGAAGGGGCAACUGACCACAUAACUCUCUAUUCUGGGAAUAGAUUUAAAGCAAACAUUUUAGCCUCUUUGUAUUUCAGUCUCUGAUGACCUAGGCCGUUGCCUUUCUGUUGGGCCCCAUAAUUUGGCUAAUCGAGUCCCCGUGAUAGCAGGAUAAGGACUGUUCCAUUUCUGUGGCUCAGGGGAAACCCAAAAGAGAAACAUUUGUGUUGAGGGGCUAGUUUUCCUUUCAAACUUUUUCUGCCCCUUCCUAAAUCCUCUCUUCAAAAAUUAUUUUUUAUUUUCCUUCUAUUUCCUAGAUUUUCUAGUCUAAUAUGGAAAUUAAUCAAGGCAAAGAGAAAAACCCAUGCUCCGCUACCCUCUUAAUUAUAUAAUACCUUUUUUGAAACGUAUCAGCCUGGAAAUUAUCCUUCUUUUGGAGUCACCUUGGUUACACCACUUCCCGAAGCCACAGUGCCGAUGUGGAACCAACCCUGUCGCCAUUGAAAAAGUCUGGCAAGGUGGUCACAUUUGACAUCCUUCUAACAGCAGGACAUACUGACACAACAUCCUCAGGGUGCAGAGCACCACAGGGUCCCGAUAAGCCUUGCAGCAAGUGUCACUAGCCCAACCUAGUGCCCUUAAACAGCCCCUUUACUCAAACACAGGAAACCAAGACCCACUGGCCUCUGUCAUUCAGCACAGACUCUGUGUCAGUGUGUGAAGUGCUUUUAGGCUCUGCUGACUGGAAAGCCACCCCAAAGGGUCUCCGGUGGUGGGCGUUCCAGGGCUUGCACAGUGUUUGUGCACCCUUGGGCAAUGCAGAUCAACGCACAGUGCAAAACACCGAUGGGUCUGUAGAGAGCAGAUGGGGGCGUGGGGCCUGAGCCCGGCAAGGACGUGUGGCCAAGCAGCCCUCACUGUUCCCAGCCCUCCCGUGGCCUUUCUGCAGGUCUCCCACAAAGGCGGGUGGUCCUGCCUCACGAGAUGGGAGAGAAACCAUCUUCUCUGACAUGCAGAUCCCACAAUCACAUCCACCCCCUUAGAAACAGGCUCCAUCUGCUGCGGGCUCAACCUGACUGACGCUCUCUCAAAUCAAGACAGCCUUGCUCUCUGCUGCCUUAGAACCAGUUAAAUACCUUUCUCUGAAUUUUUUUCUCCAUUCAGCUCUGAAGACCUUUAAAGAUUGUGGUUUUAUUUUUGUGUUUACAUUCCUUUGGUUUGCAUAAUUUGCUUGAUUUAUUUCAUUUUUAGUAUUUAUUUUAAGCCAAAUGUUUUUGUCUUUUUGAUUCAUUUUUAUGAUGCUAAUUUGUAGACACUUAGUAAAGUCUUAUGAGAAGCAAGUGGCCGGAGCAAUUUCUAAAUCCACUCAGUGGACUGGGAAUUUUCUUUCAAUUCCAAUUUCCAAAGGUUUACGAUUGACCAAUGGCCAAAGGCUGCCAUCUGAGCUAUUCUCUAGGGCGUUUUGAUUGACUACUGUAUGGAAACAGAGUGUGAAGUUCAGGGUGCAUUCUCCGUGCGCCUCUGUCAUCCAGCGUCCUGGCAAUCAGUCCUUCACGUCCCCAGGCUGCCUCGCCAUGCUGGUUUGUCUCCAGAAAGGCUGGAAAUGUACUGAGUUGUCCAUGAUCAGGAGUUCCAGACACACUGUAAGGGGAAAAAUAGUAGCAAAGGACAAAUUCUUUUUUCUGUGUAAAAACAUCAAUCCUUUGGGAGUGGGGAGGGAAAUGGUUAUAGGGCAAUAUUAACUCUAGCAGUUUUAGUUUCUGAGAUUCCAUAACCUCAGUAGGAACCAGCACAAAUUUCAGCUUUUCAGUCACCACCGCACUCUCCUCAACAAGAUAAGGCUUUCUCGAUCUGUAUACAACUUGAUCAGGCUCUCCUGAAGCCCACCCACCCCAGGUAAGUGGUGGUGCUCACUUCCCUGAUGAGGUCCGCACCUGGUCCCACCUUCCCUGGCUCCAGACUCCACACUCACGCCCAGGAGACCAACCAAGGGAACGGUUCGCACCACCGUGUCCCACGAAGCUGUUUCGAUGUUUAGUUUAGGUAUUGCUAACUUGUGCUAUUAACCUCUGACAAGCGUGUAGUAUUGUUUGUUUUGGUUUACUUUUUAUUUGUAACCACUUAGGAGUCCCAGCUAGCUACCAGUACAGAUUUUACCCCAUGGGUAGGAUUCUAUUGUUAAGCUACAUAACAAAGCACACUAAUCCUGACACUGCAAAUGGAAAAAUAUGAACCAAAAAAAAAAAAAAUUACACCAAUAAGUUGAUCAAACUGUCCGUUUUUGAUAUUUGCAUGCUCCCCUCUGAACUGGCUGUGGCAAUGUAAUGCCUGUAUAAUGUUUUCAAAUAAAAAUAAAUGCUUUAUGAAA